UUGAAUCAAAGUAGUUUCAUAAUUUUAGAGCGAAGAGAAGAUCGUUUGGAGAGAAUUCGUGAUGGAGAAGAGAGUUCCGAUGAUGACUUGUUCGAGGAGGACAUUGAGGUAAAAGAUGAGGAGCGCUGGACUGUAUACGAGCGGCAGCUGAUUGAGCGCAUGCGAAGGCUGCGUAUCCAGAUAGAUCCUGAACGAUUGGCUAAUAUGGUUAGCGAGAUGAUUGCGAGAAUUCACAUUCACACCACUCAAUCAAGCCGCGAAAGAAUGCCCAGCCCGCCUCGAAGUACAGCUGAGGAAACUGCAGAAACCAUCGAUUUACCGUGGUGCACAGGUGAUGAAGGAGGUGAUGAUGAAGUUCUCGAAGAGAUUGUGCCUGCAGAUAACGAGAAACCUAAAAUCCCCAUUGGUCAAAAUGUUUAUGUAUACGACUGGUCCGAGACGCUGUUUCCAGAUGAAGAAGCUGCGAUCAUUGGAGAGAAGCGCCCUUUGAAUUUAGCUGAGGAGAUUGGUAAGGUUUCGAACACUGUUUUAUUCUGA